AUGGACUCGCUGGCCCACCGCCCGCCGCACAUCCCGGCGCAGCUUGGCCUCCUGCCGCGCCUUGGCCUUGGCCCGCGCCGCCUGUGCCCGGUCCUCCGUCCGCCGCCGCAGCGCCAGCGCCUCGGCCACCUUCCCCGGCUCCAUGCGCUGUUUGUCUCGCCGCGGCUCUACGGCGGGUGCGCCACGGGCGCCUCGGUCCUUGUUCCGGACACCGCAAGCGGCUUGCGCACGCCGCCGUCAGCUGGUGCUGGCGGUGCGGUGAAUGGCGCACUUGCUGAGACCGUGCGUGCAGCGCCAGAUGCUGUACAUGCCGGCGCUGGCGUGGCCGACAACGAGGACGCAGCCCGGCCUGUGGUCCGGCGCGCAUCGGCGCCUCCCGAGGAAGCGCCGUCGGGCUAUGGGUCGCACGUGGUGAUCAUUAGCGUGCUGUACGGGCUCGCGCUCAACGCGUAUGUGCGGGCGGCGACGCUGCCGCCUGGGCCGGUGCCUCCGGCGCUGGCGGUGGCGGCAGAGAAGAGCCGCGGCUCGCUCAGGCACGACAAGCCGGUGGCCGGGACGGCGGCGGCGGAGGAGGCGAUCGAGUACUUUCACGACUGGGACGGAUCAUACGAUGAGGUCGGCCCGGACACCGAGUUCUGCGGGCCGUGCGGCAAGUACAAGCCGCCGCGGGCCCACCAUUGCAAGCGGUGUCGGGCGUGUGUGCUGCGGAUGGACCACCACUGCCCGUGGCUGGGCACCUGCGUCGGGCACGGCAACUACAAGGCCUUCCUCCUCACCUGUCUUUACUUCUUCAUCACCUCGGCCUACAACUGCAUCUCGCUCUGGACCUUUCUCGGCUCGUGUAUCGGCUCGCUGGGAGCCUACAACGAGGCGUAUCCACUGGAAAUGGCCGCCGUCAUGGGCCACACUGCCCUCAGCAUCUUCACCGUCUGUUUUGCCGCCCUCCUCACCGGCUCGCACCUUCAUCUUGCCGCCUCCAACGCCACCACCAUCGAGGCCAAGGCCCGCAUGGGUGAGCGCCCGGGUCGCCUCCGCCGACUCCGCCGCCGCUUCCCGCAUCUCACCCCGCCGCGCUUCCACCGCUACGACCACGGCGUGGUCGGGAACCUGCGCGAAGUGCUGGGGCCCUCGCCUUGGUCGUGGUGGAAUCCCAACAUCGUCCCACCGUCGUCAGGUCUCCGCUUUCGCAUCUCUGACCUCCAUCGCGACGAGGCGCUCCGUCUCAUCCGCGCCUGCGAGGUGCAGCGCGUCUAGUCCCCGAUCCCCGCCACUUGCCCACACCAAUCCCUUCUCCGUAAAACCGCAGUGCAUCCUA